AUAACUAGACACAGUAGCUAUCGAGCACGAGGGGGCGCGCGCAGCGGCGGCUAGCAGCGGCGGCUAGCGGCGGCGGCGGCUAGCAGCGGCGGCGGCUAGCAGCAGCGGCGGCUAGCGGCGGCUAGCAGCGGCUAGCAGCGUGCCAUGAUGAGACAGUUGAACAGGUGGGAACACACGCUGAUUGAACUGCUACGUCGAGUUUACUUGAUUUCUGACUACGAUGGCGCUAGUAGACAACAGACGACCUCAUCAGACAAAUUGUGCCGCUGCCUCAGAAUAAGCUUCACCAGUGGAUGUACUGUGGGCUCCGCUGCCCUUGGGGUUGUACUCAAGGUCUUGGUCGGGAGUCCACAGCUGCUCUACAGAAAAAAUGUCACUUACCUGCUGUGUUACAAGGGACCAUAGCAACAGCCCACAGUCAUCAUAAUCACAGUCUCUGGGUUAAAGUCUGCAGGGGGCUCAUCAUGGUGCAGGAGAAGAAUGACGGGAUAAACGAAGAUAUGGUCCCUUCAUCAAUUCAACAGAAUACACAUGCAUUGUCAUGGCAAUUGAUGAUCAAGAAAAAGCUGAUAACUGUGCCUUCAUGCCUGGGCAAGAUCAGACCAGUUGUGGGCCAGUGUUGCCAACAGUGCGCCCCGGACAGCCUGCGCAAGAAGCUAGGACAAAACUCCUUCCUUGGCUUCCGCAACCUUCUAAGUUUCAACGAGACACAAACCAGGUAUCGAGGCUGGCUGGUGCGGAGGGUGUGCUGUGCGCUGUUUGUGAGUGGGCGCAAGGUAUACGCAAGUCCUGUUAGCAACAGACUGGAGAGAGUCUGUCAGAGCAACAGGGUUAAGGAGGGGCUCACAGCGGAGCAGAAAGCACCUGAGGGGCAAGACAGCCGAGGGCAGCUCAACCGCUUCUCACCAUUCCUCCCCCUCAUUAAAACCUGCAUCUCCCCUUCCCUCUUACGGUUCGUGGGCUGGGUGAUGCUGAAGAUGUUUUCCUCUGUAUUUGGCGGUAUUCAAGUUAACCUCAACCAUUUGUCGGUCUUGCGCAAAGUCUCACAAGAGGAAUCCAUGCUGGUCUAUGUUUACGUGCGUCAGAGCGUCAUGGACUGUGCUCUCAUCCCUCUGGUGCUGUUCGGUCACAACCUGAGAGUCCCAUACACUGUUUGUCCUCUCCGGGUUUACAGCUCGCCCCUAAGGUCAAUCCUGCAAAAGGUAGGUGUGUUCCUCCUCCCACCAACUGCACUGACUGAGCAGGAAGCUGAGAUGGACAGUCUGUACUCUCCUGUCAUGACCUCUCUGCUACGUGAGCUGCUACAUGAGGGCCAGGCGAUUAGUGUUGGUGUGUCCGCCGAGUCUGGCCAAGGUGGCCAGUGGCUGGCUCGCAUCAGACAGCUCAUCAAAGACGGAUCUGUCCCUGAUGUCAGUCUGGUCCCUGUGGGCAUCUCCUACGACUGCGUGCCCAAAACUAACAUACAGGUUGGCUUAAUCGCUGUGUUUCAGUGGCUGUGGUCUCUUUUCUGGAGGAGACCAGAAGGAAGUGUGAGGAUCCACUUCGCUCAGCCCUUUUCUCUCAAGGAGAUGUGCGAGUCGGGGAGGUGCAGAGUAGAUGAAUGGCUCCCUCUGCAGGACCUGUUGCUGCCUGUUAUCCUCAACAACAGACCCAGUGUGUUCCGGCAGAGGAGGAUGUCGUGGCUCCUGCCUUCUCCUCAUUAUGCGUCUGAACUUGAAGCGCCGACUCAUCCGGAGAGAGACCUCGGCAUCGCCAUCAUCCUCCACCUCAUCUUCUCUGCAACUGCCUGCAGUGCUGUGAUGUCCACCAGUCUGGUGUCCAGUCUUUUGCUGUACAAACGCCGCAAGGGUGUGAACGCAUCUGCCCUGUGUCGUGAUGUGGCUUGGCUCACGGAGGAACUUUUGUUCAGGAACAAAGAUGUCGGUUUUGGGGGAAGUUUAGCCGAGGUUAUGCAAUAUUCCCUCUCUCUGCUCGCCCCUCACCUCAUCAUAGCUGCAGUGCCGUCUAGGAAAGACCCUUUUAUUGUGCCCCAUCCCUCUCUCGCUGCCACACUUCACCUCGCCCUCCAGGCCAAGAUUGUCACACACACCUUUGUUUUAGAAGCUGUUGGUGCGUGCGCAGUGUCCGCCAUGCUGUGCGAGGUGGUCGCCAGUGGCAUCAGCAGCAGCAUAGGGAGCGACGGUGUGGACGGAGAAGAGGUCAGAGGUGACGUGGAGUUUGAUGUGGUGCUCUGCCAGUCCGAGCUGACAGAGCACGCCCUACAUCUCUGCCAUCUCCUGCCUCCGGGCUUCAUGCCACCCUGUCAGUCGUCCCAGAGUUUCGCUUUGGACGCUAUCGACAGUCUGGUUCGCUGUGGCAUCCUGAUCAUGGAAGACAUUCCGAGGGAGGUGCCCAUCUGUGAUUUCUUGAAGAGGGAGGGCACUCUGACCUGGACCACCAGUGACGACCCUGAUGAGAGUGACUCUGACUGCGAAGAGCCGGACCUGCACGCCUACAAGAUAAGCCAACCAAGUCACUGUCCAGAGAUGCUCUUCUUCCUCUGCAGUAUGCUGGCUGGACACCUGAGGGCGCUGUGUUGGACCACGAUCGGUCUGGACCUCAUCGACACACCUCGGCCAGAAACGGAGUUUGUGGCUCAAAUACACUCCCAUCUGUGUGACACAGCAAAUAAGAAGAAACAGCACUACGAGAGCUGCUCAGAGGAGGCUGCACACACCGCAGUUAGAACACUAAUAGACCUGGGGGUCCUUUCGGAGGAGCGUCAGAGGGAAGGCGUCUCCCUCGCCGUCAGUCCUUUGUUCCAGUUGUCAGAGAACAGGCAGAAGCUACACCGCUUCAUCACACAGUACCUCUACAAUUAAUGUUUCACUGAGACGUGUGACUCAAGGCCUUGGCACGAAUUGCAGUGUCUGAGCUCAUCCUCUGUUAGUCAGAAGAACUUUGUGUGUUUCCGUGUUUAAAAAAAAAAAGAAAAGAAAAAAACUGCAUGCUGAGCCGGGACGCUCGUGCCUUAAGGUUAAUUGCAUUUAGACUUUUCAGUGAUGAGACAUUGAUUUUAAGUUUAUCUUUAGCAAUAGCAUUAGCAUAGAUCCACAGGAGACGAGGAUUAUGAGGUCCCUGUAAUCAGCUGUGAGGACUCACUGUAGGAUGAGAAGCUCCACCUUGUUUAUGUUGCAGUGACGGCUGCAGACGUUCUGUAUGUUGUUUGGAAAUGUUUUAGUUUUGAUUGUGUGUCUCAAGUUGUUUUAGUCUAAAUAAAUACAUUUUUAUUUCA